AGGGUUCAGGAUGGAGACAGCGGGGCUGGGUUUAUCAUAUGACCUGGACAGGAGAUCGGGAGCGUGCACAGCAUACACUAUAGAAGAAGGAGCGGGAGCGCGCACGGGAGGGAGCCUGUAGGUAGGGAUGUGAUCGGCUGUCCUUCAUACAACAAGCUGGGAUCCUUCGUACAGGCGGGGUGUGGAGGACAUUGUUGAUCACCAUCGGAGCUGUCCAUUGUGCUGAUCCGGACUGAAACCACAGUAAAUAUACAGAUCUUCAUAUUCGAAAACUAUUUCUGCCUCCAGUGUACUCAGCUGCCUUUAACAUCCUGUUCUAGACCCCAGCCACAGCACAUUUUCAUAUCGAAGAGGUUCCAAAAAAAAAAUGCAGCCAGCUACAAGAGAUCGCUAUAAAGAACUUAGUCCAGCCCUGACUCCAGAGGGCAAUGUUGUUAUGAGCUUUAGCUUUGACAGUUAUCAGCUCGAAGAAGAAGAACUACAGACAACUGGAAACGCCCAAACACAAGGAGUCCUUACCUUAAUGGAGCCAGAUUCAAAUGCGGAGCCUGCGGACCGAUAUCAUGGAAUAUACUUUGCUAUGUUACUUGCUGGAGUUGGCUUCCUCCUUCCAUAUAACAGCUUUAUUACAGAUGUGGACUAUCUGCACCAUAAGUUUCCAGGCUCAUCUAUUGUGUUUGAUAUGAGUCUGACUUAUAUCAUUGUGGCUUUAGCUGCUGUUGUCCUUAAUAAUGCUACGGUGGAGCUUCUUACUACUCACACGAGGAUCACCGCUGGCUAUAUUUUUGCUUUGAGCCCGUUAAUAUUUAUUGGCAUCUGUGAUAUUUGGCUGGAACUCUUUACAUUCAAGCAGUCUUAUGCAGUUAACCUUUUUGCUGUUGGUGUGGUGGCCUUUGGAUGCACAGUGCAGCAAUCCAGCUUUUAUGGCUAUGCUGGAAUGUUACCGAAGCGGUACACACAAGGUGUGAUGACAGGAGAAAGUACUGCAGGAGUUAUCAUCUCACUCAGCCGGAUCUUAACCAAGCUGCUGUUACCGGAUGAAAAAGAGAGUACCAUCAUCUUCUUUUUAAUUUCGAUUGCCCUGGAGCUUAUCUGCUUUGUUUUGCAUGUUCUAGUGAGAAGAACGAGAUUUGUUCAAUAUUAUACAAAUAAAAGCUUAGCUAAAAACUUGUUGAAGAACCCAACAGAACCAAGUUUUCGUUACCAAGUGCAUCAAAAUACUUAUGUAGAAGAAGAGAGUAAAAGUGCUGUAGCUGAAAAUAGCAUAGAGCUUCAGUCGGAUGUAACAGCUAGAAAAACGUAUGUCAGGUUCGAUGUUCCAGUGCCCAAAGUAAAAAGCAGCUGGCCCAAGUUCAAAGAUAUGCUAUUUCACCGCUAUCAGGUUUUACAGGUAAUCUGGGCAUACAUGCUGUCUAUAUGUGUGACAUACUUCAUCACUCUGUGCCUUUUUCCUGGUUUGGAGUCAGAAAUCAGGAAUUGUACAAUGGGAGAGUGGCUUCCUAUUCUCAUAAUGGCAGUAUUCAACCUGUCAGAUUUUGUAGGAAAGAUACUGGCAGCUUUACCAUACAACUGGAGCGGUGUUAAUCUCCUCAUAUGUUCUAGCACUCGUGCUGUAUUUAUUCCACUUUUUAUAAUGUGUGUGUAUCCAAGUGGGAAGCCAACCUUUAGUCACCCUGCUUGGCCAUGCAUCUUUUCCCUGCUUAUGGGAAUCACCAAUGGGUAUUUUGGCAGUGUACCUAUGAUACUGGCAUCAGGAAAAGUAGUGCCGGAACAAAGAGAGCUGGCAGGAAACACCAUGACUGUGUCGUACAUGACUGGACUAAUGCUUGGGUCAGCUGUAGCUUAUUUUGCCUACAGUUUAUCUAGUACUUCCCAAAGUAUUUGCUUCCAUCCAGAGACAUACAACAGUUCACUGCCUCCAGAGAUUUGAAUAUAUCAACCUCAAAAUUGGUUUGUUACUACUGAAACAUUUGCAAUAUUUAUUUUAAUUCUAAAACACAUUGUUAUUAUGACAGAUGCCGUUAUUAGACAUUUCACAAGUAUUGAACUUUUUGAUAAAACCACAUUUGUGCAAGCACAUGCACUUGAUGGAAUAUCAAAUCUGACAACAUAUUUACAUGAGUAUAUCACUUUUGUCAUUUUGCCAAAGCCUUUUUGUGUAGUGUCAUUUUAUAAAAGUCUGUGUUUUGUUCAAGUAUUGUUCUUGUUUUCUUUUCUUUAUAUGUAACACUUUUACAACAAAAAGUGGAAAUUUGAUAUUUUUUUAUAAACAAAUUAAAUCAUGCAGAUUCAUAUGCAAACGUAAAUGUGGGUUGUAUGCCUUGGAAAACUGUAAACAAAAGGAUAUUUAAUCAUCAAA